AGCGUUAACACCGAAUAUCUCAUUCAGUCUUUGAGUCUUGCUAAAUUCAUACGUUUUCAUUUGUUUCGUUUUCUAUAUUUAAUAAAAAAAAGUCGUCCAAAUUUCUACAAAAAAAUAGGCGUAAAAUUUGUCCGAAUCCGUAACACUUCUCUUUUUCUGUGCCAUCAUUUCCGUGUGAGCCUUUUUGGAGAAAAGAAAGAAUAUUUAAUUUUGCAGAGUUUCAAAAGAGUAGGGAAAGUGAAAAUCGGGAGCUUAAGAUUUCGAUUCAAUAGCCAAGAUGUCUGAAAAUAUUGUGUGCCACAAGUGCAAUGAGGCCAUCACGAAGCGGAUGAUCACCGCUCUGGGAAAGACUUGGCAUCCGGAGCACUUUUUGUGCCACCAUUGCGAGGAGCAGAUCGAGGAUGCCACCUUCAACAUCCAGAACGGCGAGCCGGUGUGCAACAAGUGCUUCUUAGAGAAAUACACGUACACCUGUGCCGGUUGUAAGAAGCCAAUCCUCGAGCGAACCAUCUGCGCCAUGGGCGAAAGUUGGCACGAGGAUUGCUUCUGCUGCGACGGAGCCUGCAAGAAGCCGCUGGCGAGUCAGUCGUUUUACGAGCGGGAAGGCAAGGCCUACUGCAAGCAGGACUACGAGGACCUCUUCGCCGCCAGGUGCGCCAAGUGUGAGAAGCCCAUCACGGACUCCGCGGUGAUUGCCAUGAAUGUGAAGUGGCACCGCGACUGCUUCCGCUGCAUCAAGUGCGAGAAUCCCAUCACCACCCAGACCUUCACCAUCGAUGGCGACAAGCCUGUCUGCCCCGCCUGCAAUUGCUAGAUAUCAUAGAUAUCUUAUCCCUCAGAAAAUCAAAUCAAAUCCAAUAUCCCUGCAUCAUAUUUCCUCCACCUCGGCAUAAAAUUUAUCAUUUGCAGUUAGCCGUUCGUUUCUUGGCACAAUAGUUUGGAUUGUAGAAGAAUGUUGAAGAAAAUGAGGCACCCAAUUGGUUUUUCCGUAUAUUGAGACCCAUCGAUCACACAUGCUUGACCCUCGGAGCUGUUGACAAACACUAAACAAUAAACUAAACACAGAAAA